UUGGCAUCUAUGAAUUUGCACUUCGAACGAAUCAAAAACCCUGAUCAUUUAGGUAGAUACCACGAUAUCACCGACCCUUUUUCCCAUUGCUGUUUACAUUCUAACCUUCGCAGUCAAAAAAUUCGGGAAUAUCGCGUUUGCGCAGAUGGUCAACAUGAAUUGGGAAAAAGGAACGCUUCCGUCUCAGAAAUUUGCAAAUGACAACAAGAUACAAAACCGCAUUUUAUGUUGCUUCGAAAUUAUGGCUUUUUUACUUUAUUGUCUGACAUUGAUCUUCUUUCUCUUUGAACAGGGUCAAGGUGGUGAAUACGCUAUUCUACGAGCCUCGACAACGUCACAGUCAAAGGAUUUUUGCGUUGCGUAUUCUCCUUUAUGGCGUGAGUUACCAACGAAAUUAUCAGAUACUCCAAAAUAUGAGUAUGUUGUCGCGUCUGUUGAAGAAUUGUGUUCAAGAAAGUCGACGAAAUACUACAACAAUAAAGCUGUAUUUGUUGAAACAAAGGGUUACAACUGUAUAUACAUAGAAGGGCCCAAGGCUGUCCAAUCUCGAAAUGGAACGGAACUAAUACUUGUGAAUGAAGUUUUGUUUAUUGCCCAACCUUCAACAGACCACAUUAACUCCACAAUUUCUGUUGCUGUGAUGAAGACCUCGGAUUUUGGUACCAUGAAGAAACUUGGUAAGAAAGUCAGAGUUCAACUCUAUGAACCACCACUUGCUGCUGUAAAUACAAACCUUGCUGUCAUUUGGUUCCUGGCAGUUGGUACAGUUGUCAUUGGUGCUUACUGGAGUGGUAAUACUGCAAACGAAUUGAGGCUAAAGCGAGAGAUUUUAUCAUCAUCCAACGACUCAGAAGAUGAAGAGGCCGCCAUGAAAAUCACCCCCUUGAUGGUGGUCAUAUUUGUGUUAAUCAUAUGUCUCUUUCUUGUGAUGGUCUAUCUCUAUUUCUAUGUUGUAUAUGCAAUCAUCGGUGUGUUUGCAAUUGCAUCGGCAUCUGGCAUGUACGAUUGCUUAAAUGCAAUGGCUCAUCUACUACCCUUCUGUGCAUGUAGAAUCACAUUGCCAUGUUAUAAGAAGACAAGCUUCACAAUGAAGUCAGUUAUCGUGCUAGCAAUUUCCCUUGGAGUCAGUACUUGGUGGGUGAUUGUACGAAAUAGAAGUUAUGGUUGGAUUUUACAAGACACGCUUGGUGUAUCGUUUUGCAUUUCACUGUUAAAGAAUCUUCGCUUACCCAGCAUGAAAAUCUUUACUUUGCUGCUUCUCUUACUUCUUGUUUAUGAUGUAAUCUUUGUGUUCAUCACCUCUCUUCUCAGCCAGUCCAACAGUGUAAUGGUUGAUGUUGCAACAGGCGAAGGUCAUAAAGAGCAGAUACCGAUGGUUCUGAAAGUUCCACCAAUUAUCCGUUCACCAUUGUUGAUUUGUCAGAGAAGGGAUUAUUCGCUGUUAGGAUUUGGGAAUAUCUUAGUUCCAGGUCUAUUUGUGUCAUUCUGUCAUUCAUUCGACCGAAUGGCCAAUACUCCGUUACGAAUAUAUUAUGUUGCCAGUUCAAUAGCGUAUGCCGUUGGUCUAGUCAUGACGUUUGCCGCGCUGUUUUUUAUGGAAAAAGGUCAACCGGCUUUGGUGUAUCUCGUGCCGUGUACCUUGCUCACGGUCAUCGUCAUCAGUCUCAUUCGAGAAGAAUUUUGUGAUCUUUGGCAUGGGACUUACGAUUUGAACAACCCAAGCGUUGAACCGCUGAUACAAAGCGACGAUGAAGAAGACUGUAUUUUUGACAGGACAGCGGGCGCAGAAGGCCGGAACCUCGGCAACAAUAAGCACGUUAAGGAGGAAGAUGAAUUGAUCAAUUAAUGGGAACUGUGCAAUCGAUUUAAAUAUAAAGCUGUGGGUCUAUGUCCAUAGAAAGUCACUUCAAAGGACGUUCUUCCAAAUUACAUAGUACCGCGCAGUGUAUAGACACUUUAUAGAUAAUAGCAACUAUAUUUCUAUACAGCUGAGUGAAGAAAUCAAACUCCAGCAACUAUAAUGGCAUUUGUAUACUUACAUAAAUUAUAUUUGUAAUUGUGUA